AUGCAGGGUUAUAAGGUAUACCUCACUGGCGAAAGUUACGUUGGCCAAUAUAUUCCGUAUAUCGAGGAGGGUUUCAUCAAUCAGAAUGAAAUAACCUACUUCAACUUGAAGGGAAUUCAGAUCAACGAUCCGUCAAUCAACGAAGAUGCUGCAAGGAUAUACUCUUCUGCUGUCGCCGCGCUAGACCAUUUUCCCAGCGUCUUCUCCUUAAACGACAGUUUUACUAAACACAUCCACGCCACCGGCAAUAAAUGUGGCUACACCGACUUUCUCAACAAAGCCCUCACUUAUCCACCCCCAAGUAAUUUGCCAACCGUUAUCGAUGCAUAUCGCCACCCAGAUUGCCUUGUUUGGGAUGAAAUCGUCGAGGCCGCCACACUCAUCAAUCCAUGCUUCAACAUCUACCAUCUCACUGAUUUCUGUCCCUAUUUAUGGGAUGAAAUUGGCUUCCCUUCGCUUGGUGACGGUCCCAAUAACUAUUUCAAUCAAAGUGACGUUCAGCAGGCUCUACAUGUUCCGCCAACUAACUAUGACGUGUGUGAUGAAAGCAAUAUCCUUCCUUUUGGAGACUCAUCCGUGCCCAGUGCAUUGGGUCCACUACCGAAGGUCACUGAAGCCACGAAUAACGUGAUAAUCUGGAAUGGUUGGUAUGACUACUUGUUGUUCAUGAACGGCACCCUUGCCACUAUCCAGAACAUGACUUGGAAUGGAGCACAGGGUUUCCAGAAACCUCCCAUCGAAGAUUUGUUUGUUCCGUAUACAGCUGGCAGUUCCGUGGACCCCGUUAUCUGGGAUGGAGGAGCAGGGAUAUUGGGCAAGGCGCAUACAGAGCGUGGUUUGACAUUCACUUCUGUGUAUGGAUCUGGACACGAGAUUCCACAAUGUCCCCGGCGCUGCGUACCGUCAAUUGGAAUUUCUGCUUGGUCGUAUCAAUAA